AUGUCAGCACUCAAAGCGGUGAUUUUGUUGAUUUGCAUUAGUGUAUUUGCAUCCUGUACUAAUGCAUGGGAUGAGACUGCUACUAAGUACUUUGCUUCUAGAAAGCCAUUUCACAUGAAACGCCAAAUGUCAGACCAACAAUUUUUCAUCAGAGCAAAGGAAAGAAUUAAAUCUCAUACCAAAAUGACAAGUAAAAGACUCAUAGGACCUGAUGGCUCAUUGUCCAAUAAGGAUAACAAACAAUUCUUUGCCUAUGACGCUACAUUGACUUUUGACACUGUCAAUUUAGACAUGCAUCCUGACGUGUUAGAUAUUGGAUGUUCGAAAGACAGACUUUACUUGAAAGUGAGAAAGACCAGACAUACCAAUACUCAUAUCAAGAUUGGUUCAUUAUUAGUUUCAAGUAUGGAUGAUUUUGACUGUGAAAUUGGUCAACCAACUAAUGAACCAGUUUUGUACAGAUUGGCAGAAAAUAUUCAUGAAGUGAAAACUGAAAAUGGAGAAAUUCUCUAUGUGGUCGAUACUAAAACAAUUGAAUUUAAUCAAGUUUUCACACACAUCAAACUUCAAACUCAUAAUCCAAGUGUCAAACAACCUGAAUCGAGCUCUGUAACUCAAACAACACCAAACAAACGUUGGAGUGUCAAUAGAUCUUUUGAUAUUGUCAAUUUUAAUUGGGAUAGAGAUAGAAAAACUGCCAGAAAUCCAUCCAUUGAAAAUCAAGAAGGAAAUUUCAAAUAUGUCUGCAGUAAUUGUUAUUUCUACAGUACAGUUCGGUUUACAAUGGAAAUUAACUUUAGAUGGUGUAAACCAAAUAGAGCUGCUGCAUCAGUUCACUUUGACAAUGCAUUGAAUGCUAAUUUGACAAUGACAGCUGAAUUUGAAAAGACAAAAGACUUUACAAUUUUGAAAAAGAAGAAAAUUACUAGUAUCAAGUUUACAAUUCUAGCAAUUCCAGUUGUUGUAAAUGUAAAUUUUGCAUUGGAAGGUCAAUUACAAGUUCAAGCAAAAAUUCAAUUUAAUGUUGCCGCUUCCUUUUCAAGAGAAGGUCAAUUUGGAUUCAAUUAUGAUAAGAGGAGAGGACAUUUCAAUUGGAUUAAAUCAUUCAAGGGACAAGAUUGA